AUGUGACUUGAGUUAGUAGUUUCUAAUUUUGUUAUGAGUUUGGCUCAAAUUCGUAGGAUAUUAUUGAGUUUCCAAGUUAAAAUGUCUUUUUCAUCAAGUGGUUUAUUGUCGCCUGUUGGAGUUCGCGGCAUGAAGAACCUCGAUCGCGAUAAAUUCACGCGAAAUGUUAAAGUUGCAAUCCUGAAAGUGUCUGACGAAAAAUUGUCGAAAAUUACCCAAAUAUGUAAACCUUAUUUCCUUAAACUCUCAAAUUUUAAGCCAGUGCAAAGUUUACAAGAGAAAAAUAGUGAUAAUUUGACCAAGUGCAUUUACUUUGAUCCUGGAAAAAUUCACAAAUGGGAUGACAUACCAGAAGCUGAUCGUAACUUGCUCAUGCAGCAGAAUAUCGACGAAGAUAAUUACGAACAAACGGAGAUCCAGUUCGUUUACGACAACUUCAAAUAUGACGAAAUCUUCAAAGCUGUUCUACCUGAGAAUGAAGAAGUUGUGAGUGGAUUUUCUCAGAUUGGUCACAUAAUACAUCUUAAUUUACGAGACCACCUCCUAGACUACCGUUCUCUCAUUGGGCAAGUUCUUAUAGACAAAAUAAACACUUGUCGUACUGUAGUCAACAAGAGUAACAUAAUUGAUAAUACUUAUCGAAACUUCAGUAUGGAAGUAAUUGCUGGCGAAGAAGACUUCUUAGUGACUGUAAAAGAGAACAGAUGUAAUUUCAAAUUUGACUUUUCCAAAGUAUAUUGGAACCCCAGACUAUGUAAAGAACAUGAAAGAAUAUUGGAAUUGAUCAAACCGGGUGAUAUACUAUUUGAUGUUUUCUGUGGUGUCGGACCCUUUGCUGUUCCCGCAGCUAAGAAAAAAUGCAGAGUUUUUGCAAAUGAUUUAAAUCCUGAAUCAUUUAAAUGGCUAAACCAUAAUGCUAAGCAGAAUAAAGUUAAUAUGAACCUUUUUAAAUCCUUCAACUUGGAUGGUAAAGAUUUUAUAUGCAACACAUUUAGAGAUUUCAUAAUAAAUUACUGCAAAGGCAAUGAGAAAUUCGAAAAGAAAGCUAAAAUACAUGUAACUAUGAAUUUACCAGCUAUGGCUGUUGAAUUUCUAAAACAUUACAAAGGAUUAAUCAAAGAUUUAGAACUUAAAGAUAAAUUAGAUUGUGAAAUAAUUGUAUAUGUUUAUUGUUUUGCUGUUGGAGAGAAUCCUACAUCAAUUGCUGAGAAAAUGGUGUGUGACAAUAUAGGAAUAGACAUAACUUCAUCAAUUAUAGAUAUCUUUGAUGUAAGAAAUGUCUCACCUAAGAAAGAAAUGAUGAGAGUGACUUUUAAACUCACAAAAGAUAUUAUUUUUUCAAGUUCCAAAGAAGAAAGUUGUGAACCACCGAAUAAAAAACAUUGUCCAACUGUACAAGAAAAUUAAGUAUACAAUUAGUUGUAUAUAUUUUUAUGAUUUAUUUGUAUUUUAGAGUACACAAUUAAUAAAAUAUAGUACAGUUAUGUUUGAAAGCUUGUUUUAUUUUUUAAGACAUU